AUGGCCAGCGUGCAGCAGGGCGAGAAGCAGCUCUUCGAGAAGUUCUGGCGAGGCACCUUCAAAGCCGUGGCCACGCCGCGCCCCGAGAGCAUCAUCGUGGCCAGCAUCACCGCCCGCAAGCCGCUGCCCAGUGGGCCACUCAGCUGCCUGCCAUACCCUGCAGAGGACAGACAUCCCGAGAAGCCAAGCGGCUGUGUGUCCAAGGAGGCCUCCACCACUAACGGCUGGGCGAGAGGGAAGGAGAGGCGCAGCCAUGCCCGCCACAGGUCCCGCAGCCCCUCGUGCAAUGGGGAGCGCGCACCGCCGCCAGCCCGGGGGAAGAAGAAGAAGAAGAAGUCUGGCCGCAAGAAGCGCCGGAGGUCUCCCUCCUACAGCCCCUCCCCUGUGAAGAAGAAGAAGAAGAAGAGCUCCAAGAAACGAAAAAGAAACAGGUUAUCCUCAAAGAAGAGAAGACACAGUUCUUCAAGCCCCAAAAGUAAGAGAAAGGAAGAAAGAAAACACAAAAAACACUCUCGUGGGCGCACCCGGAAAGCUCAUCGCCAUCGUCACCGCCACUCUCGCUCAGAGAGUUCUGACUCCUACUCCCCGAGCUGCCGAAGCAGGCACAGAGCCAGGUCUCGGGAGGAAGGGCGUAAAACACGGCGAAGAUGCUCCCAGCACCAUUCAAAGGUCACAGCAAAGCGAAGCUCCUCUGCAGAGGUUCAGGCCAACCCAAAAGCCAGCCAAACCCUCCCACUCUACAGCUUCCUGUCUCCCAAGGAAGUAAUCUCUCAGUCAGGGUCUUCUGCUGACCUCUUUACCAAAACAGACAGCCCGCCUGGCAACCUAGCCAGCCAGAACGGAGAGUAUCAUGAAUAUGACUCAGGAAACGAUACUUCCUCCCCUCCCUCCACUCAAACGAGCUCAUCCAGGUCAAAGGACAGCCAGGAGAAAAGAAGUCUAGUCCAUGAUGGCUUUGGCCAUGCCUUCUCGUCCGGGAAGCCCAAACUGGCCAACAGUGAUAACAGCUCUGAUUCAGGAAAUUCCUUCACCAGUUGCUUUUCCCAGACCAAGGCGACAGCUUUGGAAAAUCUGUCUCCAGAUGCCCAGGGACAAGACCGAAGAGCGUGCCUGUCCUUGUGUCUCAGCUGUUCGGAGGAGAAGAAGCGAAAUUUGUCCCCGUCCCCAGCCCCCAGCUCCCCGGCAAGGCCGUGCUCCCGCAGCGAGUCGUACAGCAGCACAGGCAGGUCCUCCCCUGGCUCCAGCCGCUCCAGCCGCUCCCGCUCCUCACACCACAGGGCCUCCCCCAAGUACUCCCGAAGCAGGUCCUGCUCUUCAGGGAAGAGCCCCAGGUCUUCUUCACGGUCCCCCAGCUAUUCUUCCAAAUCCUGCAAAAAAAGUCCUGGAAGCAGGAGUUCAAAGCCUCGCCGGAGCCCCAGUUACUCCCGCUACAGCCCUAGCAGGGACCGUGAGCGAGAGCACAAGUACGGCUCCAGCGAGAAGGAGUCGCACAGGGAGUGUGACCGGCGGCGGCGGUGCUCCUACUCGCCCCUGAGGAAACGCAGGAGAGACUCCCCCAGCCACCUGGAAGCUCGGCGCAUCACGAGUGCCCGCAAACGCCCCAUCCCCUACUAUCGGCCCAGUCCUUCCUCCUCCAGCAGCGCCAGCAGCUAUUCCUCUUGGUACAGCACCUUUAGCCGCUCCCCCAGCCGGAGCCGGAGCUACUCCAGCUCCCGGACGAGCCGGAGCCGCAGCUGGAGCAGCAGCAGUGGGGAGGGCAGGAGCCGCAGCCGCAGCUCAGGCCCCAGAAGCAGCCGCAGCCGGAGCAGGAGCUCUGAGUCAGGAGGCAGCUCCGACAGCCUGCGGCGCUAGGGAGUGCCGCCGAGGGCUCGCACGCUGCCGGCACCUCCAAAUUCCUGGCAUUCUGCACGUCCUUCCCACCUACCCGGCCAUCGAUAGCAAUCACCCCUGAUACCGAUGCGAUGGCAGCACCAGGUCUCCCUUCCGCACUUCGGACAGAGUAAGAGGCCGCGUGCACCCGGCGCAGCCCCUUCGCCGCCUUGCAGAGAGGAUGGAUCUGUCCCGGCUCCCCCAGCCGGGGCUGGAAGGAGGGUCAGCGCCCCGCGGAGAGCCUGUUACAACAGACCUGCUCCAUCCUCACCAACAUCCCCCAUCUCCCCAUCACCGCCGUCCUCCGAGAGCCACCAGCUGGUCCAAAGGAAGAAUUUGUCUCCUUGCUCUUCUCCUGCCAAACUGGUAGCCAGCAGAUUAAUUUCCCUUGGAGGAAGAGACACAUUUAGGGAGGAAUUUGCUGGGAAGCUUUGGUGAUGAGUGGGGGUGACCUGUCAUAACCAAGGCAAAUAUCAGGUCCCAUGGGUGUCUCCCCCAGAGUUUCUGCCUGCUCUGCAGCAGGCCUCUUCCAUGAGAAUAUUUAUUUAUUGCCAUAAGCCAGUCUCUGCUAUAAAUAGAAGGCUAGAAAUCCCUCCUGAUGUUAAUUCCUGGGGAAAAAAAAAAAAAGCUCCUGCCCUUUCCUACCAGGUUCAUCUUUCGCAGGGUCGUUCUGUUUCCCUCCAGCACUGUGACUCGUGAACGCACUGCUGAGGUCUGAAGCAGACUUGGGAGUGGGGAGUCGGUGUCACAGUGUGAGAGGUGAGGCUGUGGGGUUCCCUUCUUGG